GUUACGGCGCUAGUUGAUUUACUUAAUUAUUUGUUCAAAGCAAAAUUUUACAAUAGACAUGAAUCUAACUUCCCGAAAACGACCGUGCUUUUUUUCAAUUCUCACAAAACACUUGGGGUCGACUAUUGUAUUAUUUUAUUACCUGCUUGUGCUAUAACGGUUGGCUUAUUCAACAUUCAGUAACAGUUUGAACAUUGGCUAGAAUAGUUGUUUAAUGUUUAUUUUCUUCAUAACUUCAAUUCUUCUUUAAAACACUAUGGAUCGCCUGUGGAUACUUGUGGAAUGGGUGGAUGGAAAUAACGUAUUCCCUGAUUAUGGUGUGGUGAACGUGGAUCCAUUGACUUAUAAUGAUUACGACUUGACUCCUGGCAGAGUUAUUUUAAUUCGUGCCAGACACGAAACUACCGCUCGAACAGGAAAAAUAUUGACAAUUUCUGAAAGUAAAUACAACAUCAAAGCUCACAAGAGAUUAUUACAAAAACAAGACAGUCAAGUAAAAAGCGUCCUGUCUAUGUGCAUGCAAACUAUCAAAGGCAUUAAAUCAGACUCCAUGUACUUACCUGGGAUAGAAAUGAGUUCGUCCCUCAGUUCCUUACCUGGUGCACCUCAGAUCGUUGCUGUUGAUAAUGACUCCACUAGCAGUGAUAGCGACAGUGAGCCUCCCCGACGCUUAUAUUCGAAAAGAUCAUUAGGUUCUCAAUCUGUUCACAAGUUAAUCGAUCAAUCUGGAAGUAGCCGCCGUAAUUCAAUUGCUCAUAGCAGUACUACAACAAUAUCGAUGCAUAGCAGUACACCUCUUUCAAUGCUAAAACCAGAAGUAUCGAACAAAAAAAAAGUAACAAAGGCCGACAUAGCGACGCAGACAGAAAACCAAGACUCAGAGAUAGAUCUAUUAGAGAAUAAUCUUAGAAAACUAUAUAGUUUAUUUUUAUCAGUCAUAGGACGACUUGAGAUUCAAAAAGCUGCUGAAACUGUAAUAAUGGAUCGAACGAUCAUGAGAGAUUUGAAAAAACAUAUUUCAAGCGAAGCCAUCGCGAGGAACGUGAAUAAUAUGAGUCUUGAUGAAAUUCUUGACGAGUUGAAAACUGCAAUGUCGGAGAGGGAUCUCAUAGCUCGCCGGCUGCAGGACGAGUUAGAAGCGACACCAGCUAAGCGGAUUUGUGAUGCGCAGUCUAACGGGAUUCCCGUAACACCACCUUUACAAGAACACAUAUAUUGCGCGCAAACGAUGAAUAAUGAUAUUGAUACAAGAAAUUCAUCGAGUGAUGAAAUGGUAUCAAUAGGAAGCGGAUAUGCUACAAUACCCGCUAGAUUUUUAAAUGAAAUUGAUUGGAACUCAUAUACUACAGCAACAAGGCAAUUACUGAAGUCUGUCUUUUCACGCAAAGUUUUAGCAACGCACUCUCUUACUGGAAAACGAUCACCGGCCUUUGCAGACAAGCCAGCAAAAAAGCGUUUAGACCCUAAAUUAGUGGAUGAUAUUGUUAAAACAGUAUCAUUGAGGUGUGGAGUCCCUGAACGGCUAGUAAGAAACAGCAUUACCGUGAAAUGUACAGACGAAGCCAAAUUGUACCGGAACCGACAAUUCUACAGGCAUGCGCUUCGCGAAAGCAGGCAAAAUAACGAAAAUAUCUCACCGGAAACAAGUAUUUCGUCAGUUGAAUCUUUAGCUAUCCACUAAAAUAUAUACCAAAAUGUAUAGGUACAUACUUUUUGUAUUUUCGACAACAUCUCAGAGUCGGUCUUAGCCGAUAUGGUGCUCAUGAGUCAUCACUUUUUUGUUAGUAUCCUAAAGAAGAUCACCAGGGGUGUCGAGUGAGUUAAACUACUGGAGAAGAUAUUGCAUUGAAACGUCGCUCCUUGCGCCUCUUGGAUCUCGGUGCCGAUGGACACCGCACUACCUAAGAUCUGUACUGAUCUUAUUGUAAAACAAUUUUUAAUAGUCAACAUUGUACUUGUAGUUAGACUUUAAUGCUCAGUUUAUUAAUGAACACCAGCAGAGAUUGUUUUAUUCGUGUAUAAUGUUUUAUUACAUUUCAGUUAUAACUUUAUAGGCUUAUUUACUUUAGUAGUUCUGCUACCCAUUGAUAAAUUGCGUUUCACUUAUUCUAUGUUUCAAAUGGCAUAUGCGUUAAAAUAAAAUAUUAUACAUACUCUUAUCCUGUUAUAUAAACUGCCCCUAUGUAAUUUUUUUUUUUAUGAAUUACGUUAGUAGUAACACUGUACGUCAGAUUUAAAUUUCUACCUAAUUCUAUUUAUUUUACGCGAAUCGAUAUCAUAAUUGAAAUACGGCAGCGCACCUGCAAUGCCGCUGGUGUUGUGGGUGAUCAUGGGCGGCGGUAGUCACUUACCAUCAGGUGAGCCGCAUGCUGGUUUGUCCCUGUUGUAAAAAAAAAUGAAAUCGCUUAUGAUAUGCAAAAUAAGUAACUUAUUGACUAGUAAAAAUUGUUAAAUUGACUUUAUUGUCUAAAGGAAUGAUAUCAAACGAUCUAAUCCAAAGGUAGUUAAUAUGUCGUUACUAUAUUUAAGUAUAAAUUCAUAAAUAUUCUGAGAUGGUUUAAUAUUUUAAUACUACAUAAUAGCGUUAAUUCAUAAUAAUCAAUUAUAAUGUUUUACUAACAAUAACUUUCAAUUAAUAA